UCAAAAAAAAAAGAAAAAGUGUUCUCAAUAAUCCAGGAAUGGAGGCAUUGUCAGGGUUGUGGGAAGCCAAGAUUCAACACAGCGAACUCACUCCAGCAGUUCUUAUAUCUGCGGCCGUCGUAGUCGCGAUUUCGUGGUACAUCUGGGUUUACAAGAAGCAAGUUCAUAAGUUACCACCUGGUCCUCCAGGGUUACCUAUAGUCGGAAACAUCCCAUUCAUUGAUCCGGAGUUACACAAGUACUUUGCCAAAUUAACCAACAAAUAUGGACCCAUAUUUAAGCUCAAAUUAGGCAGCAGGCUUCUCAUUGUUUUGGGUUCACCAGAAUUAGCAGCGGUUGUCAUGAAAGAACUCGACUCCACAUUUGCAAACCGGGCUCCUACAGUAGCAGGAAAGACCAUCAGCUAUAAUGGUUCAGACAUGGUAUUUGCUAACUACGGUCCACACUUGCGCAACGUACGUGCCUUGUGCGUUCGAGAGAUUCUGAGUAAAAACGCUCUCGAUUCAUUCUCAACUCUUCGCCAGCAGGAAGUUAGAAAAUGAGUCAGAAGUUUGUACGCGAAGGUUAACACUCCGGUAAACAUAAGAGACGAGAUGUUUCUCAUAAUGCUUAAUGUGAUAACGAACAUGAUGUGGGGCGGUACAUUUAAUAAUGAAGAGAAGAUUAAAAUUGGCUUGGAAUUUCGGAAACGAGCCGAAGAAGUCUUGGAUUAUUUAGGGAGAACCAAUAUUUCUGAUUUUCUUCCUGUUCUAGCGAGGUUUGAUCUUCAAGGUGUAGAACGACGUCUGAAAGAGCUAAUUUCGUGGUUAGACCCGUUCUUCGAAUCCAUGAUUGAUAAGAGGAUGAAACUUGAUCAGGAGAUAAAACUAAAUGGAGAUCAAGAUGGUAAGGAGAACAAAGUCAAGGAUUUCUUACAAGUCUUUCAACAACUUCAAGACCAAGGAGAUUCCAAAGUUCCUUUUACCUUUACCAACCUCAAGGCCUUGUUCAUGAAUUUGGUGGUCGGAGGCACAGAUACAGCAGGAGGGGCGGUAGAAUGGGCGAUGGCCGAGUUGAUAAAAGAACCCAAGAUCAUGAAAAGAGCCUUAGAAGAGUUGGAAAAUGUUGUAGGGAAAAACAACAUUGUAGAAGAAUCUCAUAUACCCAAUUUACCUUAUUUGGAUGCAAUCAUAAAAGAAACAUAUCGCUUGCAUCCCGGAGUACCGCUAUUGGUUUCUAGGUGUCCAAGUUCAACGUGUAACGUGGGAGGUUAUGUGAUCCCUAAAGGAGCUCAAGUUCUUAUGAAUACAUGGGCAAUCCAAAGAGACCCCAAAUAUUGGGAUGAUCCAUUAGAAUUCCAUCCAGAGAGGUUCUUGCAAACAACUAGCAAGUUCGAUUUUAUUGGGACGGAUUUCCGAUAUAUUCCAUUUGGUUCUGGAAGGAGGAGAUGUAUAGGUGUUCCUUUAGUGGAAAGGAUCGUUCCUUAUGCAUUAGCUUCUUUUUUGCACUCAUUUGAAUGGAGAAUGCCAGAAGGUGCAGAGUUUGAUCUUUCAGAGAAAUUUGGUAUUGUUUUGAAGACAAGUACCCCGUUAACUGCAAUCCCGUUGCCAAGGUUAUCUGAUCCAAACCUCUAUGCCAAGAAAGAGUACUAG